CCAGAUUUUUUUAGCAAUUGAUUUUAUUGCAACAAUCCAAUCAGCGAGCGGGCCCGGCGAGUAGCAACGCGAGCCUGUGAGCGACCGGCGAGCCGGCCAGCGGCAGCCACAGAGCUUCAAGCGAAAGGCCAUGGGAGGACGAAGAGGAAGCAUGAGGCAUAGAGGAACUGUUGUGUGGAAGGAGACACGCGCAUGGAGGGCGGGAUGGAAUCGUGUGGUCUGGGACGCGCGCAUCGUGCCGCUAUGGGCCGACCGGCCGAAAUUUCAGCCGAUGCGCCGGCGCCUAACAGUCGCCUUCCGAUCCUGUCCAAGAAGUAAGAGAAAGGCGAUCGAUGACUCCUAAUAGCAGCAUAAAAAGGUGGGAGAAGGUCACACCACUGAGUCGGACACGCCAACGCCUUCGGUCGAAGCAAAGCAACAUCCGUCCAUAAUAAAAGCGGAAGCUUUGCUCUCAUCUUCUCCUCCGAUCCAAAUUCCAAACAAGCAAAAAGGCGGAGCAAGACCAAAGCGGCCAGUCUCUUGCAAGCCUCGCCGCCGUCGCCGCCGGCUGAUCAGCUCCGGUGCGUGCGUGCGUGCGAGCGGGAUGGGCAGCGGGAGGCCGGCUGCGUGGCGGACGUGCGCGGCGGCGGCGGUGGCUGCGUGCGCCGUGCCGGUGGCCUUGUCACUGGUGCUGCUCUGGCUGCCCCUGCUUUGCUGCGCCGUGGCCGUGGUCCGGUUCCGGCGGGCGAGGAGGAGGAUGAUGCAGAUGUGCGGCGGCAGCACAAGAGGCGGCGGGCGAUUUGGGGCGGUUGACGCCGGCGAUCGGCUGGGGCUGCUGCAGAAGUACCUCGAGGACCAGCUGGAGCUCGUCGGCGCGGAGGCAGGGGGGCUCCUCCGCGACCUCAGACAAGGGAAGUGCAGCGGUUGACGGUCGCGUUUCCUUGUUCUUUUUGGAGGUCUGUAGGAUGGCUAAUGUUUGGAAGAGGCCGAGACGAUUUUGGUCGUGUUUUGUGCUUUGUGAAAUGAAACAUCGAGAAAUUAGAGACUACUACUUUCUUUUUGCGAAAUUAGAGGAAUUAGAGACUACUGCUAGCAUUUCUUGUCACCGUGAUUAACAAGAUGGGAAAGAAAGAGAUCGGCUACUAAACUUAUGUUCUUUCUUUUGCUGAAUUUUGGGUAUGCUGUGUUCACUUUCUAAUCUGACUUGCUUUGUUAAUACCCGCUCGCUCGUUGUGUCUUGCAUCAAACGACUAGCCGCAUCGCUUCUCUCCAAGUUGAAGCUACACGGAGACAUUUCUUUUGUAACAGCUGAUCCAGACGCGUUAAAGUGAAUUAUCUUGAAAUUUCCCUUUAAAACAAUUUUUUUUCCUGAAACAGCUCACGAGGACGAGCUU